AGACCGACGGGCUCCAUCAUCAGCCUCACCCGCUCAGUGCAGGAUUACAGGCAGAACUGUCCUCCCAUAGUGGAGAUGGGUGUGCUCAUGUCCGCGCCGUUAGCGUCCUAUGUGGGCCCGCAAGUCGCACAAGUCUUCGGAUAUGCCUCAAGCCAUGCAGUUCCUCAGGCUGCCGCACUGUUUUCGUUGAUAGGAGGAAUGACUACUGGAGGUGUCGCUGCAGGAGCUUUUACUGCCGCGGAGGGUGCUGCUGCCGCAGGCUUGCUGGCUGCCAUCCCAGGGUCAAUCGCGGGGUGCGCGAUAGUUUUGAUCUUGACAAUAUUGUGGCCGCGGCCUGGAGGAGGACCAGACGAGAGCCCGACCAUGAUAUGGCUCAGAAGAAGGUUGGAAACGGGGGAUUCGAAUCAUGAGGAGGAUCCGAUCCGCGACCAGCCUGAGGUAAAUGUCGAGAUGACGGAAGUUCGCGAAGAGAGUCGCCGUCCUGCUCAGUGGCAGGAAGAUCUGCAAUCGCUACUCAAGAAAGCGGAGGCGAAAGGGCGAUCCGUGCCGACUGCGACUGUUCUGCCUAGCAAAGCAGAAUUCGACAGGGCGCUCCUUCGACUCGACUAUCAAGAAGGCAAAUUCCAUUUUGCAGUUGCAGGUGCUGCAGGCAGCGGAAAGUCAUCGCUAAUCAAUGCUUUGCGUGGCCUGCGAAAUGGACAGGACGGCGCAGCUCCCACCGGCUCGACGGAAACCACUCUCGAGAUCGGUCGCUACCCCGAUUCCAAUCCGGACACACCAUUCGUUUGGUACGACAUACCUGGAGCAGGCACCCUCACAGUUCCUGCAGCGCAAUACUUCAAUGAUCAGGGCCUUUACAUCUUCGACUGCAUCAUCGUCGUGAUUGGCGAGCGAAUCACCGAGAUCGACAUUGCCAUUAUGCAAAAUGCUUCCCUCUAUAAUAUACCCACGUACAUCGUGCGCCCUAAAUCCUUACAGCGCAUCGAGAACACCAUACAGGAUAUCGCGGAGGACAGCGAUGAUGAGGACGAGGAGAAACGCGGAGUGCUCAUACAACGGGCGCGGAAGACGUAUGUCACAACCGCUCGCGAUAGUAUCAAACACAAUCUGCUCAUAGCGCAACUGCCAGAGCAGCGAGUCUAUCUCGUCGAUACGAAGAAUUACCUCAAGUUGUAUGCAAGAAAACCUGCUCCGGACGUGAUCGACGAACUUGAGUUCGUACGAGACCUCAUGCUUGACACUCACGUGAGGAGAAUCCGAGCCCCGGAGUUCCAGGCGCGACUGAGGGAGGUACUCCGUAUUCUGACCGUUGACUGAGCUGGAAUUCAGGGCAUGUGGCGCAAGAAGCGCAUUUCCUCGCCGAUUCAUGGACAUAAGUUUUUGUCUUGAAGGGCACUUGCGGUCAGCUAAUCCCUGCAGGCAGUGUUCUACAGUCUAUGGUGAUCGAUGGCCGAUUGUCAUGCUCUUUGUACCACUAUCGGAGUCUCAGAUGAGUUCAGCACAUCGAGCUGGUUUCUAUCUACUGUGACGGGUUUGUGUGCGAGGUAUUUGGGUUGCAUUGGGUUAC